AUGGACCAUGAACAAUAUUUUACGCAGCCCUUCACCGGCUACUCUCCUGUUUAUGGCUACGAAGAACCUCCGGGGUACAAUGGAAACACUGACUAUUGUGCCGAUUACUUGUCAAUCAUCGGAUUCGACGAAAAAGUCUGUGGAUAUUCUGGAGGCGGAUCAGAAAUCGCAACGAUGAUGGAUGAAAUUCAAGUUCUCUGGAACAGCGACGACUCGCCAAAUGACGAUUAUGAAGGAUUCGAGCUUUGGGUCUGGUCUCAAAAUCCAAAUGAUCGAUCUUCGGCUCCUGUUGAAAAGAUCCAGCCAUCGAAGCUUGCAGAGGAUCGACUUUCAGAAGAAGAAAGAACUGAAUUGAAAAAAGAAGCGGAAAAACGAUUCGGAAACAUUGUUCGAUACUGA